AUGCUGGCCUCCCUCGCCUCCGUCUUCCUCCUUGCCCUUUCCACGGCCAAUGCCGCGCUCACCUACAAGGGCGCGGACUGGUCCUCGGCGCCCAUUGAGGAGAAGGCCGGUAUCAAGUACAAGAGCAGCGCCGGCGCCUCGCAGUCCCUCGAGGUGAUCCUCAAGAACGCCGGCGUCAACUCGGUCCGUCAGCGCGUUUGGGUCAACCCUUCCAACGGCGACUACAACCUCGACUACAACCUCGCUCUCGCGAAGCGCGCCAAGGCGCAGGGCCUGUCUGUCUACCUCACGCUGCACUUCAGCGACACCUGGGCCGACCCGGCCAAGCAGGGCAUCCCUUCGGGCUGGCCCUCGGACAUUGAGAACCUUAGCUGGCGAUUGUACAACUAUACCCUCGAGGUCAGCAACGCUUUCCAAAAGGCCGGCGUCCCGCCCGCCAUCAUCUCCAUCGGCAACGAGAUCCGCGCCGGCCUGCUCUUCAACACGGGCAGGACCUCUAACUGGAGCAACGUCGCCCGCCUCCUCAACUCGGCCGCGUACGGCAUCAAGGACUCCACCCUCAGCCCGAAGCCAAAGAUCAUGAUCCACCUCGACAACGGCUGGGAUUGGAACGCCCAGAACAACUGGUACACCAACCUAUUCGCCCAGAACCUGCUCAAGGUCGCCGACUUUGACAUGAUGGGCGUCUCCUACUACCCCUUUUAUGGCUCCGGUGCCACCCUGUCCGCCCUCAAGACGAGCCUGACCAACCUGGCCAACAAAUGGGGCAAGGAAAUCGUCGUUGCCGAGACCAACUGGCCCACGAGCUGCCCGAGUCCCGCAUACGCCUUCCCGAGCGACCUCAAAGAUAUUCCCUUCUCCGCCGCCGGCCAGACGACUUUCAUGAAAAGGGUCGCCGCCGUUGUCGCCGCCGUGAAGAACGGCAAGGGUGUGUACUACUGGGAGGUUGGGUGGAUGAACAACCAAGCCCUAGGCUCCAGCUGCCCUUCCAACACCAUGUUCUCGUGGCCCGGCACUGCGUUGUCGAGUUUGGAUGUCUUCAAGAGUAUCUGA